AUGUCAGUAAAACAUGUUAGCGCAUAUUUAACACUUGUGUAUGUUCAUGACGGUAAUGAUGCACGUCUUAGUCAUUAUGAUGCAAUGAGGUUUUGUCAAAAAUUGUCUGGAAAUAUCCAACUUAUUAAUGAGACAUUAAUUCAGAAUGCUACACACCAUAAUAUUUCUUUACAGGACUAUAUAAAUACAACAUUGAAUGCGAAGCAUUCCAAUCAAUCGCAAAAUAUUCUAUACGGUGAUUUAGUAUCAAUUCAUAGCUCAUCUAUGAUACAUGUAUUAAUGGGUUGGGUUUUAUCCACAGAAGCAAGACAAUUUUGGAUUGGUGGAUUAAUCAAAUUAAUUGUGCAUGAAUUCAAUGGUCAACAUAGACAUGUAAUACAAACGUGGACAGAUCAUACACCUGUAACUUUACGUUUUCUACAUCAUCAUAGUCCUGUAUUAGAAAAUUUACACACAAAUGAUAUUGCUUGCCUAUCAAUAGAUUAUGCUAGUGGUAAAUGGGGUGUACAUUAUUGUACUGAAACAAAAUAUUUUGUAUGUGAAUUAUUGAGUUUACCAAAUAAACGAGUGAUAACAAAUGGACAACGAAAUACACAUUUAGCUGUUACUUCUAAUACUACAAUCUCUUUACAUCAUAAUCAUACUACGAAGAGAAAUAAAACAACACCACGAGUCAUAAUUAUUCAUUUACAUAGUCAUAACCAUGUUAUAAAACAUUUUAGAAAUACCUUCAAUUCAACAGUAAAUAUUACUUCACAUAAUACGAAUUCAACAACAGUUGGAAUGACGACGACCAUACCUACAACUACCGUGAAGUUGAAUGAAAAUACUACACAUCAACCAAAUGGGAAGAAAUAA